AAUUAUCAAAGUUAUUCCGUAUUCUCUUUGCCACUAUUGGAUUUGACGAUGGAAGACGACGAACUUCAGGCCAUUAGAGCUAGACGUUUAGCAGAAUUACAAGCACAAAGAGGAGGGGCAACACCGGCGUUGGAUUCGGUGGAGCCGGAAUGGGAAGAACAGGUGGAUCUCAAGAAGAUGCUGAGAAGAAACAGCAAAUGGAAGAAAUGCGCCAUAACAUGUUAUAUCAAAUUUUAGACACUAAUGCUCGUGAGAGAUUGGGGCGCAUUCAAAUGGUUAAAGCUGAUAAAGCUCGUGCUGUUGAAGAUUUGUUAAUUCGUAUGGCUCAAACCAAUCAAUUGAGAGGCAAGGUAACUGAGCAGCAAUUGAUUGAUCUUUUGGGGCAAAUCAAUCAACAGGAAACAACUUCUACGCAAACACGUAUUGUGUAUAAUCGUAGACACUAUGACGAUUCCGACGACGAGUUUGAUUUGUAAAGGAAGCAUUGGAUAGAAAAUACAGAUAUGAUCUGUUGGUACAAAAAAUGCAGAAGUUUAUCAAAAAGCUGAAAUAAAGGAGACUGAUCCAUGCAGCUCUUUU